AUGGUAAACUCUCAAAAGGACUACAUCAGUGUCACCGUUCUUUUCGUCGUAAAUCUACUCAAUUAUGUGGACAGAUAUACCGUAGCUGGUGAGUUUUCGAACCCUAUUUUCAGUGUUUUUACUCUGGAAGUGCGUUUCAGGAGUGUUAACUCAAGUACAGACCUACUACAACAUCUCGGACAGUUUGGGUGGACUUAUCCAGACUGUCUUCCUCAUCUCUUUCAUGGUCUUCUCCCCGGUCUGUGGCUACCUUGGCGAUAGAUUCAACCGAAAAUGGAUCAUGAUAAUCGGAGUGGGAAUCUGGCUCGGAGCAGUUCUCGGAUCCAGUUUUGUCCCCGCCGACGUAAGUAAACUAUGACAAGGGCUCAAUGACUCAUCGUCCAAUUCAGCACUUCUGGCUCUUCCUCGUGCUCCGCAGUUUUGUUGGCAUCGGAGAAGCCUCCUACUCAAACGUGGCGCCUUCACUGAUCUCUGACAUGUUCAACGGACAAAAGAGGAGUACUGUCUUCAUGAUAUUCUACUUCGCGAUCCCAGUCGGAAGUGGCCUCGGGUUCAUCGUCGGUUCGAACGUCGCCACUCUCACCGGGCACUGGCAGUGGGGAAUCCGCGUGUCGGCCAUCGCCGGCUUCAUUGUGACAAUCGCAUUGAUCCUGUUCACCUAUGAACCUGAAAGAGGAGCAGCCGACAAGGCACUCGGGGACUCGAAGGCAGUCCUCACGACCAACACCACGUACCUCGAAGACCUCAUGAUCCUUCUGAAAACCCCGACUCUCGUCGCCUGUACCUGGGGAUACACCGCCCUUGUGUUCGUCUCUGGAACUCUUUCCUGGUGGGAGCCGACUGUCAUUCAACACUUGACUGCGUGGCAUCAAGGACUCAACGACACAAAGGAGCUGGCGAGCACGGACAAAGACAGAGUCGCCCUCUACUUCGGAGCUCUCACCACCGCCGGAGGUCUGAUCGGAGUCGUCGCGGGAUCAAUGCUCUCAAAAUGGCUCACAGCCGGUUGGGGACCAUUCAAGAAAUUCCAAACUGAGAGAGCGCAGCCACUCGUCUCCGGAGCAGGUGCUCUGUUGGCUGCUCCCCUUCUGCUCAUCGGAAUGAUCUUCGGAGACAAGAGUCUCGUUCUUCUGUACAUUAUGAUCUUCUUCGGUCUCACUUUCCUUUGCUUCAACUGGGGACUCAACAUUGACAUGUUAACUGUGAGUGCCUUUCCCACCUGUCCCUUCAUCUCAUUUCCGUUCAGACCGUCAUUCAUCCCAACCGUCGAAGCACUGCCUUUUCCUAUUUUGUUCUGGUCUCUCAUUUGUUCGGAGAUGCUUCUGGACCCUAUCUGAUCGGUCUGAUCUCUGACCUCAUCCGCCACGGAUCCACUCUUCCCAAGGAUCAAUAUCAUUCCCUGGUGACCGCCACCUACUGCUGCGUCGCCCUUCUUCUCAUUUCCGCCGGUCUCUACUUCGUUUCCUCACUCACUUUGGUCAAUGACAGGCGAAAAUUCCGGAUGGAAAUGGGUCAGUUGCUUCCGAAUUCCGAUCAUUUCUUAUUCAUUACUUUCAGGUCUCGAUGAUAUGCAAUCCAAGCCCAUCCGUACCUCAACGGACAGUUUGGAGAGGAUCGGACAAAACGACGAAGUGGCCUCUUCCAGAUUGUGA